GCUGACUCGUUGCUCUCAAUGCCCAAUCAGGCGCCAUUUUUCAGUCGUCGGUGAGACGGUAGCAUUUACACCUCUACGAAAGAGGCGGUGUUUCAUUAUUUGGAGUCUGUGCUGUGGUGAUUGGAGUUCUAUCGCAUAUUCUUGUGCUUCCUUUUGUUGCUCCGAGGAGUGGCUGCUCUCUAGACUUUCACCCAUGACCUUUGCAGGUACAAAGUACACUCUACUUGGGAGUUAUAAUUCUUACCAAGACCAGACAGAGAGCCUGGUCGCGUCUGUUUCAGUAUGCAUACCUGGAUUGUAUCGUGCGCAGUCGUGAUCCGAGUUGAGAAUCCUCAAGCUAUACACACCCACCCCGUCCUGAUUUACAUUGUCGAUAUUCGUUCAGUUCAGCCUUGUUUGUCUGUUUGUUCCUUUAGUUGUUUCUUUAUUUGUUCAUCAUCACCUGUCCGCAUUUUAUUCUACACUCGGAAACGUCAGGGAGUCGGGGAUAAAAGGGACAUCUACUACUACCACUACAUAUCUGGACUUUUUGCGAAGGGAAAAACGGCGUAUGGAUUCUUUAAUUCCCGGGGACAGAAACCUUGCAUAGCGUGUCAUAUUCCUAGCUUCCUUUUUACAUUCCCCUUCCUUGCCUUUGAUGGAUAAUGACUAGAGCGAAAUGAAAGAAUAUAUUGUG